CUUCCCGCGUGAAAAAGGAACCCUGGCCCCAUAGCCAAACCCCCUCUUGGACCCCCACUGUCUCCAAAACUGUAAUCUUCUUCAAGAAGCAAAAGGGAACCAUCAAAUUCAGUCAAUUCAUAAUUCACUCACUCACUCUUCUGUUCUAAUUUCUUGUAUUUCUUUCUUGGGUUGUGUUGUUGAUGGUCAUUUGGUUCAGAAAGGUGAACUUGGAUAUUGUGUGAACAAGCAAAUCCAAAAGUACUUGUGACUCGUUAAAGAAAAGAUGGGAUCAGAGGGCUCUGAAAAGGAUCUCGUAGUGACUCAAAUUAGUGUUGGUGGGUUUGACAAUGAUGUCAAUGCGAAAAUGCUUUCAGAAUAUCUGGAAGAACAAGUUGGACAAGUAUGGAGAUGUAGAUUAAAGAUUUCAGCCACCCCUCCUGACUCUUACCCAACUUAUGACAUUGAUGCAGAGAGGGUGCAUAGAAUGAAAGAUUACGAAAAAGUGGUACCUCAUGCAUUCGUUCAUUUUGCAUCUUCAGAGUCCGCAAAGCAUGCUCUGGCUGCUGCUGGGGGUAAUGAGCUCAUAUUAGGAAAGAAGCCUUUGAUUGUUAGUUUGGGACCUGAGAAUCCCUAUCGUCUGAAUCAGCGGAGAAGAACUACCAUGCCCUUUAGAUUUUCAGAUGUUAGUGUAGAGUUGGGAGUACUGGUUAGUAAAGAUGACUUUGUGGUUGGUUGGAGGGGACCUCGCACUGGUGUUGACUUUUUUGUGGACCCAUUCAACGGGGCAUGCAGAAUACUUUUCACAAAGGAUACUGCUUUCUCUUUCAGGGGUGAAGCCAGACAUGCCAUUAUAAAAUGCAAUUUCAAGAUUGAGUUUAUGGUAAGGGAAAUCAAUGAGAUAAAGAAAUGUAAAGACUUUACGUCUUUGGUAAUACUGUUGCAGUUGGCUUCAUCUCCAUUGGUUUUCUAUAGAACUGCUGAUGAUGAUAUUGAAGAAUCAGUUGCAUUUGACUUGUUAGACGAUGAUGAUCAAUGGAUCCGUACCACAGACAUUACAGGUAGUGGAGCCAUUGGUAGGUGUAAUACCUACCGUAUUUCAAUUCGACCUCGCAAUGGUCCUAGCUUUGAGAAGGCCAUGGCAUAUUUCAGUUUUCGUAGGGUUCCCAUGGUAGAAAUGUGUAACCGGAAGAUGCUCCGGGUGAGGGACGAGCCUGAUUUUGGGGUGUCCAUGUCAGAUCCUUUCUUCUGCUUCCAAAAUGAAGGUAUAAGCUUUAAGGUCAUGUUUCUGGUGAAUGCGGUUUUGCACAAAGGCAUAGUUAAUCAGCAUCAAAUGACUAAUGAAUUCUUUUACUUACUUAGAAGUCGUCAGGAGGAGGUUAAUUUAGCUGCACUGAAGCACAUGUUUUCUUACAAAUGGCCUGUCAAUGAUGCUAUUCAGAAGUUAGUAGGCAUCCAGAAAUGGCUGUUGAAAAACCCUAAACUUCUCGAGAGAACUGGAGAGUUGGAUGAUAUUGUAGAGGUUAGGAGAUUGGUUAUCACCCCAACCAAAGCAUACUGUCUUCCACCGACUGUGGAGCUUUCCAACAGAGUCCUCAGGAAUUAUAAACAUGUUGCAGAUCGAUUUUUGCGAGUUACAUUCAUGGACGAGGGCAUGCGGAACUUGAAUAGGAAUGUGCUGACAUACUAUGCUGCUACCAUUGUGAGGGAAAUCACAUCAAAUUCGAAUCCCCAGAGAACUGCAAUCUUCCAAAGGGUGAAAAGUAUUCUGAGUAAAGGAUUUCAUUUGUGUGGUCGAAAGUACUCCUUUUUGGCAUUCUCAGCUAACCAGCUGAGGGAUCGUUCUGCCUGGUUUUUUGCAGAAGACCCUAAAAUUAGGGUACCCGGCAUCAUAAGCUGGAUGGGGAGGUUCAGUAACAGGAAUGUCGCCAAAUGUGCAGCUAGGAUGGGACAGUGCUUUUCAUCAACUUAUGCAACAGUGGAAGUCCCUUCAAGGGAGGUUAACUCAGAGCUUCCAGAUAUUGAAAGAAAUGGGUAUGUUUUCUCUGAUGGAAUCGGCAUGAUAUCAGCAGAUCUAGCUAUAGAAGUUGCAGAGAAGCUGCAUUUAAGUGUCAACCCUCCUUCUGCUUAUCAGAUAAGGUAUGCUGGUUGUAAAGGUGUUGUUGCUUGUUGGCCGACAAAGAAUGAUGGCAUCCGCCUUUCUCUGAGGCCAAGUAUGAAGAAAUUCGACUCAAAUCACACUAUCCUUGAAAUAUGCUCUUGGACGAGAUUUCAACCUGGUUUCCUGAACCGGCAAAUAGUAACCCUGCUCUCUUCCUUGGACGUUAAAGAUGGAAUAUUCUGGGAAAUGCAAAAAGAAAUGAUAUCAGGGUUGGAUAAAAUGCUCGUGGAUUCGGACGUGGCUUUUGAUGUCAUCACAGCUUCAUGUGCUGAGGCAGGAAAUACUGCAGCUCUAAUGUUGAGUGCAGGUUUUAAACCUCAAAGUGAGCCUCAUUUAAGAGGGAUGCUCUCUAGCAUAAGAGCUUCUCAGCUUGGGGACCUCAGGAAUAAGGCAAGGAUAUUUGUUCCUUCGGGAAGGUGGUUGAUGGGCUGUUUGGAUGAAUUAGGUGAGCUUGAGCAAGGCCAAUGCUUUAUUCAAGUGUCAAGCCCUUCUUUGGAGAAUUGUUUUAUUAAGCAUGGUCCGAAAUUUUCUGAUAUAAAGCAAAAUCUUCAAGUAGUAAAGGGCCUUGUUGUAAUUGCAAAGAACCCGUGUCUUCAUCCUGGGGAUGUGAGGAUUCUGGAGGCUGUAGAUGUUCCUGGUUUACACCAUCUCUAUGAUUGUCUGGUCUUUCCUCAGAAGGGGGAUAGGCCACAUUCAAAUGAAGCAUCAGGAAGUGACCUGGAUGGUGACCUCUACUUUGUGACUUGGGAUGAAAAUCUCAUCCCACCCAGUAAGAAAAGCUGGAUCCCGAUGAACUAUGAACCUGCGGAAGUCAAACAGUUGGGUCGUCAAGUUAAUCAUAUGGACAUAAUAGAUUUUUUUUCAAAAAACAUGGUCCAAGAGAGUCUAGGAGAAAUCUGCAACGCACAUGUGGUUCAUGCUGACCUCAGUGAAUUUGGAGCUUUGGAUGAGAAGUGCCUAAAAUUGGCAGAGCUUGCUGCUCUAGCCGUUGACUUCCCCAAAACUGGAAAACUUGUGACCAUGCCGUUUGACCUCAAACCAAAAAUGUAUCCCGACUUCAUGGGGAAAGAGGAAUUCCAAUCAUACAAGUCAAAGAAAAUUUUGGGCAAAUUGUAUAGGCAAGUGAAAGAUGUAUGUGAUACAGAGGGUGAAGUAUCUGCUGGACUUGAGCUUGUCCCAAACGACAUCCCAUAUGACUCUAGUCUUGAGAUCCCAGGAUCCACAGCUUUCAUAGACGAUGCAUGGAACAGCAAAUGUUCUUAUGAUGGUCAGUUGCAUGGACUUUUAGGGCAAUACAAAGUUAACAGGGAAGAAGAGGUGGUUACUGGACAUAUAUGGUCCAUGCCGAAGUACAGUGCUAAGAAGCAAGGGGAAUUAAAAGAGAGGCUGAAGCACGCAUAUAAUACGCUGAGGAAGGAGUUCAGGAAUGUCUUCGAGCGUAUGGAUCCUGAUUUUGAUCUUCUUCCCGAUGAUGAGAAGAAUGAUAUGUAUGAAAGAAAGGCAUCUGCAUGGUAUCAGGUCACCUACAAUCCUCAUUGGGUUGCUAGAUCACUGGAGUUGCAAUUGCCAGAUGCUAUCUCAAGUACUGUAAUGCUAAGUUUUGCAUGGAUUGCAGCAGAUUACCUUGCUCGAAUUAAAAUUAGGCACAGGGGAUUGCAGUAUUCCGACUCUACCAAGCCAAUCAAUUCCCUUGGAAGGUAUCUUGUUGACAAAAUAUGAUACUCAUCAACUCUUUGGCUGCAAGGCCUCUCUGCCAUUAUCAAACCUGGUUUGAUGUCCUUUAGGACCUCCCAAUCCUCCUGUUUCCUUACGUUGAUCUGUUGUUAUAUGUAAUUUCAUCCAUGAGUUUGCCUGCUGAUACUGGUGAUUUGCUUGUUGCCCGAGUUUUCUUGGAAUAGUUCUCAUAUAUUUUUGGUUUUUAUGAAUGUUUUCGCAUUUCAGAAUUGUCUCAUGA